AUGUAUCUUUACCUCCCCAUCAAUGGAGAGAGUCCGUUGGUUAGUGACGUGGAGAAGCUGUUGGGCUCGUCAAAUGAUGGGGAAGUGCAUCCCAAGAAAAAUGAGAUACCGAAACGGUUAGAAUUUGCUCCUUUCUCCAAGAAUCCAACUGCUGAUGUGCAGCUCAAGGCGCUUGAGGAGUUGAAUGAAGAGUUGAUUACGAAGUCUGUAAUACUUGGCGAUGGACUCAAACUACUUGUUGCUGAUGUGUAUCUCUAUGCCACGGCGCAUUCAUCUGUGAAUCGCCUUUCAAGUUCAGAUAAAGCAAGGUUGCCACAUUUGUUGAGGUGGGUUGAUUACAUCCAGCUAAGAAAAGUCUAUCUUGUAAACAUAGAAAAGGCUGAAUUUGUGCCCCCUGUUUCAAAACCUGUUUCAAAACCUGUAAAAACGGCCGAAGAUUCCACUCCAAAGAAAACUGUCCAAGAGACAAAGAGGCUGGAAAGUCAGAGACUGUCUCUAAAGGAAAGAAGACUGCUGAUACUAAAAAAAGUUGAAGAGAGUCAGGCUAGCCAAGUAAAGAAGAAACUUCCCAAAAAAGAGGUGGAGAAAAAAGAUGAAGAACUUAGCGUUAGUUUGCUGAAAAUCCGGAUUGGCCACAUUCGUAAAGCAUGGAAACAUCCAUCAGCCUACAAUUUGUUGGUUGAAGAGAUGGAUCUUGGAGAAGCAAAAUGUCGUCAAGUUGUAAGUGGCCUUGCAAAGUUCUGCACCCCUGAAGAAUUAACGAACCGCCGGGUGGUGCUUAUAACAAAUGUAAAACCAGGGAAAUUACGAGAUGUGAUGUCUGAGGGACUGGUUUUGUGUGCCUCAAGUAAAGAUCAUACAGUUGUAGGGCCUCUUAUUGCUUCCGAUGGUGCUAAAGUUGGGGAAUGUGUUACAUUUUCGGGACAUGACGGCAAGCCAGAGGAGGUUUUAAACCCCAAAAGGAAGCAGUUGGACAAGAUAACUCCGAAUCUUUUCACCGAUGAAAAGGGUGUUGCGACGUUCAAGGGCAUCCCAUUAAUGACUUCUUCUGGACCGUGUUUGUCCUCCAUUCCCAACGGAAGCAUCAAAUAGUGACGAGUUCUCUAUCAUAUUCCCCAGAUCAUUAGACACAGCAUUGCUAGCUUGUUGAAAUGCUUUGUAUAAACCAGAGUCCAUUGGUAAGUUACGCGGAGAAGCUGGUUGGCGCCCUAAAUGAUGGGGAAGUGAAUCAAAUGACAAAUGUGAUACUGAAAUGGCUAGAUUUUGCUCCUUUCUUCAAGAAUCCACAUGCUGAUGAUGUGCAGCUUAAGGCGCUUGAGGAGUUGGAUGAAGAGUGGGCGGUCUGUUAUACUUGGCGAUGGACUCAAACCAUGCCUUGCCGAUGUCUUUCUCUACGCGAAAUUACACUCCUUUGUGAAGCGCUUUUCAAGUUCAGAUAAAGCAAGGUUGCCACAUUUGUUGAAGUGGUUUGAUUACAUCCAGAAUCAGGAGGACGUUGCGCCAAUAUUGGGUAUGAUUGUUGUAGAGAAGGCUGAUUUUGAGGCCCCUGUGAGUAAUUCAAAGCCAUCAGCAAUUUGUUUGAUUCUUGAUGGUUUGCUUGUGCUUCUAGUGACAUGUUUUUGUUGUAGAAUCUUUCUGCACAGUCCUUUGACUCUUCAUUUGCUCUUCUGUAGUUUACCAGCAAUUCAUGAUUCUGUUAUAAGUUGAUAUCAGCAUAUUGGGAAUUCUGUUAAACCUGCAGCUCUUUUGUGCAUCAAGUAAAGAUCAUACAGUUGUAGAGCCUCUCAUUGCUCCAGAUGGUGCUAAAGUUGGGGAAUGUGUUACGUUUUCUGGGUAAUGUCGAUCACUGCUGGGGCCGAGUGUUUGCUGUCUAGCUAUUUCUUUGAUUUAUUCGACAUGAUCGUUAAUGUUAACUUGAAUAGAUCUUGUACCCAGACUUGAUGGAAAGCAGUUGGAUAAGAUAGCUCCGUUAUGUUAUCUUCGUUGUACGAGUACUAGAAAUACAGUGACUAGGGCCUCUCUUUGUUCCCAUUGAACAAUUUCGCCGAACUUUCUGUAACGUUCUCGUGGGUGCAGAAUCUUUUCACAGA